UUUUCUUCUUCCUAAAGCAUAUCCAUAUCUCUAAUCCUAACACUUUCCAGCAAUUGAAAAAAAAAAACUCUCAAAAGAUGGAUAAGUACUGUCUACUCCUCUGUCUCCUUUUGUUUUCCUCUUAUAGUCACGUCUCGGCUUAUUAUCCAUCCAAAAAUACCCUAGUGUCCAGCGUGACCAAGAACCCCAUCUUACCUAUCUUCACUUUCACACUCAACACAAACGAAGAAUAUUUCAUCCAUAUCGCCGGUCCCUACCUCGUUCGCAGCUGCAAUGAUGGUCUCCCUCGCCCCAUCAUUCCAUGCGGCUCCUCAACAUGUGCUCUCACUCGCAGAGUCAGCCCCCACCAGUGUCCUCCUACUCAGAACGCAAUCAUAAACGGAAGGUGUGCAUGCCAAGCAACCGCCUUUGAGCCGUUCCAACGUCUGUGUAACUCAAACCAAUACACCUAUGGAGAUUUUUCCAUGUCUUCCCUAAACCCUAGAUCUCCCUCGCUCACGUUUAACAACGUGAAGUACCUUUGCAUCCCCAAGCCGUUUCUCAUAGACUUCCCUCCUGGUGUUUUGGGCCUUGCGGGGCUUUCACCCACGGCUCUCGCCACAUGGAACCAGCUGACCCCACCUAGACUCGGGCUCGAGAAGAAGUUCGCGUUGUGUCUGCCUUCUGAUACGAACAAAGGUGCUAUUUUCUUUGGUGGAGGUCCGUACAAGCUCGGAAACACUGAUGCAAGAUCCAUGCUCACGUACACCCAAUUGAUCAAGAACCCUAGAAGACUCAACAAUUAUUUCUUGAGGCUCAAGGGUAUUUUCGUCAACGGAGAAAAGAUCUUGCUUGCCCAAAACGCUUUUGGUUUCGACGGCAAGGGUGACGGAGGCGUGACUCUAAGCACCGUAACCCCUUUCACUACGUUACGUAGCGAUAUAUACGAAGUCUUUACUAAAGCAUUCUCAAAAGCCACGUCGGAUAUUCCACGUGUCAAUAGCACAACACCCUUGGAGUUUUGUUUUAAGUCAACGGAACAUUUCCAAGUGCCUCAGAUCGAUAUGAAGUUUGCUGAUGGGAAGAUCUGGAAAGUAAUUGCCGCAAACUCGAUGAAGAAAAUUACUGAUGACGUGGCUUGCUUGGCUUUCCUCAAUGGAGGAGAUGCGGCGGCGCAGGCGGUUGUGAUCGGAAUGCAUCAGAUGGAGAACACUUUGUUGGAGUUUGACGUGGGGAGAUCUGCUUUUGGAUUUAGCUGUUCUUUGGGUUUGGUCAAUGCUUCGUGCGGUGACUUUCAAACAAAGCCAUGAGAAAGUCCAAUGAACUUGAUGGUUGACAUUCUCUUGUGAUUGUGUUUGUUAUUGAUUAAUGUUUUUAGAAUACUCGCUUCAAUUGUUUUGUAAUUUUCUUCUCAAGUGUGUGUUUUAAAAUAUUCGUCAAUAAAGAAAUUGUAAAAUUGUCAAAUACAAUAGCACUAGGUGAUAACCCGCGCUUUGCGCGGAAUGAGAUUAUUAUUUUUGGUAUUUAUAAGAUAAAAAGACAUAAAGUCUGUUAUGUGGACAUCGGUUUGAUUGUAUGUUGGAUUUUGUUGUAUUUUACUCUAUUGAAAUAUAAGAACCAUUCGAAAGUCUUAUUUAUUUUGGUUUGGAGAAUUCACAAAAGUGCUGGAGGUUAACGAUGAAAAAUAUUGUAGAAGAAGUCUUAUAAAUAAAAAGCUCAAUUUUAUUAAGACACAUAGAGAUAAAACUGAUAGUACGAUUUAAAUCUAUUGCCAUAAACUAAGUUUUUGAAAUAUAUGCAAAUCACCUAUUCAUAAUUAACUCAAUCACGCAUAUUAGCAAAAUAGGCAACCGUCGUAUAGUAAACUUGAAAUAACCGAACUGAAGCGUGGUUUAUCUUCGUUGAUUUCAAUAGACGUUCCACUUCGGAACCGACCGGUUCGAUUCGGUAAACCCACAAUCAGAAGUUCCAACUUGGAACUAAUAACAGUCGCGUAUGAAUAUAUCUUUUUUUUUUGGUUUGUACGUGGCUCUCUUAGCCAUUCAUCUACAACAAACUGCACAAGUGAAGAAAAAAAAGGAGAAUCUUCUAGUUUAGCUUAAAAGCUGUGUGUUUAUCCUAUAGAUUUUGUACCGAUUAUCAACUCUGUUGCAGAAUCUCCAUGAUCUCAUAAGACUUCGACCCUUUUUGCCUUCGCAUGCACCGCCUCCAUUAAUUUGUACGUGAUAAUAAAGAAUAAACAGUAUGCUUAAAAGAACGUAUGGUAGGUAAGAGUGUGCUGGCCAGCCAUGCAAACGUAAAAUUAUUAUCAUUGGCAAUGUAAAAAUGUUAUCAUUUGUGUUCGUGAGCUUGACAAAAGAAAGGGGAGAAGAGUUCGUGAGCUGCAGUAGUUUAUAAUAACGAUAAUUCUAAGCUUGACGAAACAAUGGGAGAAGAGUUCUCUUUUUGACAGUAAUAAUCAACAGCUACACACAAAAUGCAAAAGAAGUCGCCUCACAAAGCCGAUCUAAUGAACCGAAACUUAUAGGUUCUCUUCUCCUCUUCAAGACUUCAACAAUGCACUAACGGAUGCGUUGGAUUUCUCACAGGUUCGGUCGAGAGACACAGUUCUUUUCAUCUUAGUUUGUGUGACGUUUGUCCACGACUAAAGUCCCCAUCUGAAGAACCUUGCCGAGAAUAACCUAGAUGGAUCGUCGUGUAGGCUAUGCGAAGAAGGAAGAGGAGAC